UGACGCACGCCAUGUUGAUUGGGUGAAGUCAUAUCUGAACAUCUGGUCUGAGCUUCAAGCUUAUAUCAAAGAGCAUCAUACCACAGGUCUCACCUGGAGUAAAACUGGUCCUGUUGCAUCACCCAUGUCUAUGCGAUCUGUUCUAACAAGCGGGUCAUGCCUCUCCCCACCACUGCCACCACCACCGCCACCACCUGGACCUCCCCCCAUCUUUGAUACAGAAACCAUAAAGGAUGAAGGAACCGCAUCUCGCUCAGCCCUAUUUGCACAGCUUAACCAGGGAGAAGCAAUUACCAAAGGGCUUCGACAUGUCUCUGAUGACCAGAAGACUCACAAGAACCCCAGCCUACGUGCUCAGUGUCCCUCUGUUCGAUCCCCGACAAAAAGCCAUACUCCAAGUCCCACCUCUCCCAACAAUUCCCCGCAGCAGAGCCAUGCCCCUGUCUUGGAGCUAGAGGGAAAGAAGUGGAGAGUGGAAUAUCAAGAGGAUAAGAAUGACCUGGUCAUUAACAACACUGAACUCAAGCAAGUGGCCUACAUUUUUAAGUGUAACAAAUCUACACUUCAGAUAAAAGGAAAAAUCAAUUCAAUUACGAUUGACAACUGUAAAAAGUUUGGCCUUGUGUUUGACAACGUUGUGGGAAUCGUGGAAGUGAUCAAUUCCAGGGAUAUUCAGAUUCAGGUGAUGGGGAAAGUGCCAACCGUUUCUAUUAACAAAACAGAAGGCUGCCACAUCUACCUCAGUGAGGAAUCAUUAGAUUGUGAGAUUGUGAGUGCCAAGUCAUCCGAGAUGAACAUCCUCAUCCCCCAAGAUGGUGAUUAUAAAGAAUUUCCGGUUCCUGAACAGUUCAAGACAGCAUGGGAUGGAUCUAAGUUGGUCACUGAACCUGCAGAGAUUGUGGGUUAACUUCCUAACGCCAUACAGCACUUGCUGACCGUGACCAGACCACAGCCAGCAUAAACAAAGCAGUAAUGUAAAGAACUAGAAGUAGCAGUAGUUUAUACUGCUGUGAUAGGCCUUCAAGCAUUAGCUCUGCAUGCUAGAAACAAUAACACAUCUGGCACGCUUUUGUUAGGCAUCCCAGUGUUUUUCACGUUUCCACACAGUUUGCCUUCACAUACAAUUUUAAUUCUAAAUUAUGUCAUGUGAAUGUAAUGGAUUAAAACCCCCAGUCUCCAGUCACAUCAUUGGUUUGAAAUACUGUAUACAUUAAGCCAAAAUACUGCAUGAUACACUUUGUUAUCAUCUUGCUUCAGUGCAUUCCUUUUUUUGUUUCUGCUAAUCAAAAACAGCAUUAAGACUUUAAGAUGUUUAUUUUUACCUAUUAAGCAGUUCCUGUAUGAUGCAGUAAAAAUGUAUCCCUAGAAAGUAUGCAGUUCCUUGUAGUUCUGUGGCAAUCAUAGUGGGUUUUGUUUUAAACAUGCAAAAAAGGACAACUUUCAGCAAUACAUUUUGCUAAGAGAAGAUUAAAAAAAUCUGGUAUUUUAAUCAAACACUUUUCUAAUAUGUAUAUUUAGAAGAUUACUGUGUUUUCUGUGAGGUAAGAUUUUAUUAUGGUCCACAGACUUGCUGUUGCCCUGUCAUUUCUUGCAAAUGAGUAAUUCUUUCUAAGCUAAAGCCUCAUCUAAGCUAAAACCUUGCAGCAAAUCACUUGAAGGUUUUUUGCUCCUUGGAUUUCUUUUUUUCUUUUUUUUUUUUUUUUGUGAGACAAUCUCUCAUUCUUUAAAAUUUCACAUUGUAUCUUGCAUCCUAUUCAGAAAACUGAGAGAGGCAUAUAUGUCAGAUACCAGCUAGUUUCCUUACUAAUAAUGUUCCUUUAAAAUA